UCUGAACCAUUCGCCUACGCCCAACUUGCGCACGUUAUCCCCUCCGCCGUCUCUCUGUUAUCUCGAUCACCCCCGAACUCCCCCGGAGACAGAGAAGAGUAAGAGAGCCGAGAGUGAGGAGACGAUGGCGUCGAUCACCGGGAUGUUGGCAAAUGCGAUUGCAGUGCCUUACUACGGUAGGAGACCCAAGAGUCCGUCGCCGGGCGGGAUGGCGGUGGAGUGCUCGUCGCGGCCGCAGAAGAAGGCGACGUCGCACCACAUGAAGACGAGGCCCAAGAAGACGCAGCCUUGGGACGUCAGGCGCAAGGGCCCCACCGUGUACCCGCCGCUCCCUGUCCUCCCUCCGGAUUGGACCCUCGUCUCCGAGGAGAAGGGGGAGGCAGCGGCGCAGCGGGCGGAAGAAGCCCCGGCCACUGGUGCAGCUUGAUGAUGAAGGGCGCCGCGCCCAACCGCCGGCACCGCAUCCGUGUCUUUCUCUUUCGUUUCUGGUGUUCUCUGAAGUGGAUUGGUUGUUGCCUCGUCGUUGAUGUUUUGCCCUUGCAAUGCGAUGUAAUCUCCCUUGAUUUCUUGAAUUAUCUCGCAAAA